AUGAAGUAUGUUGCCAAGAGGAAGCAACACAUGAUCAAAACCAUACAUAUACUGCACAAAGAAGAGCUGGAAGCACAGAGGUCCAACAGGAAGUUACCUGUAGAUCACAUUUUCAUGAUGGCUGACGAUUCUUGUGCCACAAACCGAGUGUUCAAAGAGAGCGAUGCCUUCUUUGAAAUACUGCGGCAUAAGAAGAAUCAUCAAACCCGUCAGGUCCAUCGUUUAGAAGACCUCUUAUCUCCUAAUCAGAAGAGGGGCGCGAGGCAGAUCGCCGAGCACCCGCAAUUCCGUCGCGCAUUCGAAAGAUUGGCGGGUAUCCCAGGCAUUCGAUCGGGUAUGUUGACGGGCAGUCUUCACAAAUUCACUAGUGUUCGCUGCGAUGAGGUUUGUAUUCUCAGCAUCUUCCUGACUGGACCGGAUUAA